CAUAGUACCAUAUCCAAAACUGAUAUAUGUGAUGGUCAAGGCAUGAGCAAACAGAGCAUACAGUUCCUGGGGAAAAAAAUAUGGCACUUUCUUCUUCCCUCAGCACCAGAUUUCCACACCCAUUUAAGCCAUCUUUACCAUCUCCUUUCUCUUGCAACAACAUAUUACCUAAGACAAGGGUUCAUCGUUUCAAAAUCCAUGCAAAUUUGGGUGGUGGGGAAGAAGAAAUCAAGAAGGGAGGAAAAAAGAAAUUCAUCACUAGAGAUCAAGAACCAGAACAGUAUUGGCAAACAGCAGGAGAAAGGGAAGGGGAGAAUCCCAUGAAAACCCCCCUUCCUUACAUUAUCAUUUUUGGAAUGUCCACACCUUUUGUAAUCUUAGCCAUUGCUUUUGCAAAUGGUUGGGUUAAGGUACCUGUUCGAUGAUUUGAUUAGUAGUUCUGUAAUGUAAUAGCAGCAACAUGACAUGAAUGCCCAAUCCUUAUCCACUCAUGAGUAAUCAACCAUUCUUAGAGCGUAUAUUCUUCGACAAUCGUUGAAUGUUCAAGAGUUUCUUUGCUGAAACAUACAAGUUUUAACUAUUAUCUAUUGUUUUCUGGUAAUGCACAUACCAUGUCAAGUUAUAGCUUGUACCGUCAAGGAAUGCCAUCAAGGACAAAGGGAUUUCUUUGCUUGGCU